AUGGCAUCUUCGUCCCGCCAAUCUUUGUCGGGUGGGGUACUGAUGGGGGCGGUAUGUACGCCGGAUGCGCACCCGGAUAAAAUGCCCCGCGUUCAAGCCAGUCCUAGUAUGCUCAGAAGAUACCUUGCGCAGGCUCCAAGCGCUUCAGGAGAACUUGUACUCCGAGAUAAGCAGGCUUUUGAACGUCACAAGGAAGCGAUUUCGGCACAAAUCCAAUAUACCGAAAUAAUCUUGCUAGGUAGGACUAAGAAGCGAACAUGA